CGGAAGUUCAAUUAAUAGUUUCAAUAUUUUCAAUGAGGAAAUAUUUUUUCUACCGGAAGAUGAUUCUGUGUCAACUAAAAUUUAAGAACGGGAGAUAUGAGAAGUAUCUUUCUGUGCUAUUGGACAUUCGUUUUACCAAGACUGUUCUGCAAUGAAGUACAUUCUGGGGAAACUGCAAUGGAGUGCAGUGAAGUGAGGAACAGGACAAGCAAAUGCUGCGCUGAUUAUUUUUGGAAGAGUGAUAGUAAUACGUGUGAAAAGUGUAAACCAGGGUACGUUGGUAUCAACUGCUCCGAUCAGUGUCCAAAAGGUUUUUACGGGGACGGAUGUGACUAUAAAUGUCCCUCUGGCUGUAGUGAAUGUCAUCUUGUAAAAGGAGAAUGCUUUAAAUCCAUAACAGGUAUUUGUGGUGAAUGCUUUAUUAUUGCAUAGCACAUUCACUUGCAGUACUUCAUAACAGCAUUACGAAUGUUGCAACACAAAAUGUAAGUC